CGAGCCUCGCUGGUGUGUGUGUGUAAGUGCGCUCUGUUGGAGCAGAGACCUGUUGAGGUGUGGGAGCUUCAGGGUGUUGCCUCAGCUUCAUCCAGCCGUCUGACCUGCUGAACGUGUUCAGAUCCGCCGGAGAACCGAGUUUAACCCAGGCUGAGGUGAAUCUACGUAGCCAUGGCGCAGAUUUUGGCAGCGGUCUUUAUGACAUUUGUGUCCCUUGUCUUUGCAGAGGACCAGAAAACAGAGGAUGAUCCGUUCACAUUUGAUUAUCAUCGGCUACGUGUUGGAGGGCUGAUUCUGGCAGCAGUCCUGUGUCUGAUUGGAAUCACUAUUCUUUUCAGUGGACACUGCAGAUGCAAAUUCAACCAGGACAAGAGGAGGAGGACUGGAAGUAACGCUGCUACUCAACAAAUGCUCAAUGACACAGCAAGGGCCAGUGAAUGCUAAAUGCUAACCAGUGGCCCAGCUACCCAGUGUCUACCUGACUGGAGGAGGAGGGAACAGUGGAGAUCCUGCAGUACCUUAUUCCACCACAGAAGUGCUGAAAACAUGCUAGCGUCUCUCUUUCUAAGGAUGAGGCUAUAUGUCCUAUAGAUGCUGUAGUUGUUUGUUAUUUUUUAUUUACCACCUAUUUGCUGCUUACACGACUCCCUGUUUGAAAAUGCGACACAUCUUGUAGUAUCUGUGUUUUUUGGGCUUUUGCCUCGUAUUUAAUUUGACUGACUUUGAACUGAUUACCAAAAAAACACCUUAUGAAUCGCCAGUUGUUGAGUUAUCGUAUUUCUAAUACAUGUUCACUAAACCGUCUCGACUUUAGGCGCCACCUGACCUUGUUUUGAAAUGUCGUUUGUCUUGUUCAUCAGUUUUAGCAAUACAAUGAAAUUCUUAACCAAAAACAAUAAAAGUGUAACAAUAAAAGUUUAAGAAGUAUAUCAGCCUUUUGCUUCUUGUCAAUGUCGAAAAUGAAAAGUUGCUUAAUGUAGACUGCAGUGUUGUUAAGCUUCAUAGUUGAAUGUAUUGCGAGUAAAAGAGAAUCCAGCUGAUUCUGUUCACUGUUCACCUGUUUUUACACAGCUUUUCUGGUAAAAUAACAGGGUGUGCACUAUUUUCAUGGUAUUUUCUGUCCUGUAUGAAAGUGUCUGUGUCAAAGAUUAAAAACACUAAAACAGUCAAA